AUGGCAGACGUCUCGCUGCACAUAGUCUCAGAGAACUCGGCGUCUGAGCGACGCAUCACGCCGUCGUGGACCAUAGCCACCCUCAAGACCAAGCUAGAGCCCAUAACGGGUAUCCCGCCUUCUUGCCAGCGGCUAUCGCUCAAGACGGCAACGGGCGAUGCCAUCGCCAUCGAGGCCGCAGACGAUGAGGCAACGACCCUGGCCGGGUUUCCGCUUACACCGUAUGCUGAGCUUAAUGUAAUCGACACACGGCCGCCAAACGCCCGACCAAACUUCACCGACACUUCCAAUGUCGACAAGUACGUAAUGCCCGAGGAAGAAUAUGCCCAAAAGACCGACUCGGUCCUGGCGUGGAAAAAGGCCCAGAAGCUGGGCCGGUUCGAUCCCAACGUGCCGGCGAUGCUCGAGGCCAAGGUUGCAGCCUUUGCGCGCGAGGCCGAGGAGCGGGGCAUCGCCGUCGGCAAGCGUUGCCGGGUUGGUGGUGAGGACACACGCCGCGGGACCGUCAUGUAUGUCGGCGAGGUUCCCGAGAUCGCCACCGGCCCAGGCACCUGGAUCGGGGUCAGGCUAGACGAGCCGGUGGGAAAGAACGACGGAAGCAUCAAGGGGAAGAGGUACUGGGGCGAAGGUGAGGGGCAGCUACAUGGUUUGUUUGUGAGGCCUGAGAGGGUCGAGGUUGGAGACUUUCCGCCGCUAGAUGACUUGGAGGAUGACGAGGAUAUGGAGGAGAUCUGA